AGAUUGUGGAGGAGGUUGAAACCGACACGUGUCAGUUCGAUGCGGAAAGAGACAGGGCCUUCAAUCCGACGGACGUGGUUUUGCCAUGUAGGAAGCAAUCUUUUUUUCCACCGUCAGAUCUGUCGGAAAGUGAAGGGCUGAGAUCAACGUAGGCCUCGAAAAGCAAUGAAUCCUAGCCUUCCACUAGGGUUUGGAGUGGGUAUCGCCGAGAGUGAAAUACCGAAAAAGAUGAUGAGAUAAAGAGCAGAAAAAGAGGAGAGAAGAGGAGAGAGAGAGAGUGGUGAGAGAGAGAAAAUAAGAGAUAGAGAGAGAGAGAGAGAGAGAGAGGGGGGAGGAGAAGAGCACUGAAGCAGCACAGAGGGAGAGAGAGAGAGAGAGAGAGAGAGAGAGAGAGCGAUCGAGCGCUUCAAAAGAUUUGUGAAAGUACUUCAAUUUCCGUCGAAUCCGACGGCUAUACCGGCGAAUUGGUUUGCGAAGAAGGACUUGUGAUGCGAUACAAGUCAAGUAGACAAUCGUAAUUUGCAGCGAUUUUUUGGGUAUAGGAAUGGACAGGAACAGAGAAGCGAGGAAAUCGACCAUGGCGGCCUCGGCGAACGGCCUGUCGAGGCGGCGACACAGGACUAACAGCUUGAGAGACUCACCAGAGGAAGACGGUGGGCCCAUGGAGUUAACGGAAGCGACGGCGAGGUUACGGGAUCGAGGGGUAAAGAAGGACCGGGAUCGGGAGCGGUUGAGUCGGAACAGGAAGAGGAGGGGGGGAGGGGACAGGCUGAGCGGAGUGGGCGAGGAGAGUUCGGAGGAGAGCGUGAACGACGAGGAGGAGGAUGAUUACGACGACGAGAGAGUCGGCGGAGGAGGAGGGAUGAGGAUGUAUCCUCCGACGGUGCCGUCGUCUAAUCAGCCGGCGGCGGCGGCGGCGUUGGGGAAUAAUAAUCAUAACCAGUACGUCAACCGGAAAAGCUUUCCGCCUGCUGUUGUGACUGCGAAUGUUGCUAGACCGGGGUGGAAACCGGCUGACCAAGUGAUCGGGUUCACCGUCCCGAGGAAAGCUCGAUCAGCGUCAGGAAAAAGGCCGCAAGAGUGCUCGAUUUCCGGUAGCGGAGUCGGAACAGAGCAAAUUAACAGGCAGACUUCAACUUCGCCGGUGAGGCUGACGCCGUCACCGUCGCCAGUCUCGCCGCCGUCUUCCUCCAACGCUUCAGUUCGCAAGAAGAUGAAGCCGAAUAAUAAUAAUAAUAAUGGGUUGAAGCCACGCCCGCCCAAAUCGGCGUCGAAGCCGGCCUCGUCGAACCCAGAGGAGCUUGAGAUAGAGAUCGCGGAGGUGUUGUACGGGAUGAUGACUCAAUCGCACAACAACAGUUCUUCGAAGAAGGAUGUUGUUGGUAGCGAUUCGGUCAGUCUUGAUGCAAGAGAGAUGAACAACAACAGCAACAAAUCGAGGGUUUCGUCUCCGAUCUCCAACUCGACAUCGCAGUUGCCCCAAAAUUCAAGCUCUUCUGCUGCUCCUCUCUCUGCCGUUGCACCGAAGAGGAAAAGGCCGCGGCAAGUAAGUGACAAUCUGGGUAGCAGUUUCAGUGUUCGGCACGGCCCAAUUUCGUCUAUGACAAAAGUUGAGGUCGAUUUACCACCGAAGAAGGAAAUUUCGUCACCUACUGUGGGAUCUGCAGCUGAAAAUGGUGGCGUUCCACUUGAUUUUGCCAAUUCUCAGGUGGGUCCACCUCCGUCGGAGCUGCCGGAUUCGAGCCGGGAUGUGGGUCUGGCCAAGGAGGAGGCGGCGGUUACCUCUCCAAAGAAGGAAUCGCCUGCGGUUAGACCAGACAGUGAUCGUGAAAUUGCGACAGUGACUGAAGCGGAGCCAACAAUCUCCACGUUUGAAAGCAAGCGAGAAGAAAAAUUCGAGAUCGAUCUGAUGGCUCCGCCUCCACAGAUGAGAUCAUCGCCAGAAAGGGAAGGAGAGAUCAAUUUUGGCUCUGUUUUGGAGCAGAAACCGUUGACUAGGAAUAAGGAAGGUGAAAAUGCCGUAAAAAGUGGCAGAGAAGAGGCUGUGAAUGCGGAACCUGAGCAAAAAAGGGCAAAAGUGACGGUGGAAGAAGGUGAAUCGGAGAGGAAACCAGUCCUUGUGAAUAAGGAGAGGAAGAUUAAUCUUCAGCUUAAUUUGGAAAAGCAUGAAAGGGAUGUCAAAUUAAACCCGGAUGUUCACAAACCACAACAGCAGCAGCAACCAAAACCUGUAAAGGAUGAGCUGCCGCAUUCCGAAAAAAUCGCUCAAUCUGGCUCUGUGCCUUUGCCCAUGUCUGUGGCUAGCUGGCCCGGAGGGCUUCCGCCAAUGGGCACAUAUAUGGCACCUUUACGAGGAGUUGUAUCCAUGGAUGGAAACACAGUAUCUCCUGCACCAAUACAGCCGCUGUUCUCUCACCCACGACCUAAAAGGUGUGCAACACAUUGCUACAUUGCUCGCAACAUUCAUUACCUCCAGCAAUUCAUGAAGAUGAACCCGUUCUGGCCACCUGCAGCUGGUUCUGCUGCAUCGUUGUUUGGGGCGAAACCUUGUAAUCUCAAUCUUAUGCCAUCUGCAGAAUUGCAAGGAAACAAUGCCGGCAAAAUAUUGAACUCUGUGCAGGAAAAGGGUCAGGGACUGUCAAUCUUCCCCAGUCAGUCUGCGAAAGACAAAGGGUCUCAAGCUAACAACAUUGCCGACGCACAGAGGAAGCAGCAACAGAUUAUGCUUCAGCAAGCUUUGCCCCCUGGCGCACCUAGCAAUAUACUGCAUGGACCUGCUUUCAUAUUCCCGUUGAACCAGCAACAGGCAGCAGCGGCCGCCGCGGCUGCUUCUGUUCGACCUGGAUCUGUUAAGCCUCCUACAUCUUCAGGAAAUGUAGCCGCCUCCACCGCAUCUACUUCUGCUUCCGUGAGUGGAUCAACAACAGCACCCCCAGCUGCCACUGCAGUAACUUUCAGUUACCCCAAUAUGCCCGCAAGUGAAACCCAGUUCUUAGCCAUAUUACAGAACAACCCAUACCCUUUUCCGAUUCCAUCUGUCGGAGCGCCACCCACAUAUCGAGGAACCCAAGCUCAAGCAAUGCCUUUCUUCAACGGUUCUUUCUAUUCUUCUCAGAUGAUGCACCCAGCUCAGCUCCAGCAGCAGCAGCAACAACAGCAGCUGUCCGCUCAGCAACAGAAUACCUCCAGCGGUUCUUCUUCAUCACAGAAGCAUUUGCAUAGUCAGCAGCAGCAGCAGCAGCAGCAGCAGCAGCAGAGACCACAAGGCAGUAGCGGGAACAACCUCCAUAACUUUCCUGCUCCGAAGAAGACGAAUCAACACAUGACAAAUGCUGAGGUGGGUGGUGAAGAUAGCCCUUCUACUGCUGAUAGUAGAGUUUCUCGCGCUUCAAAGGGUGUCUACAGUCAGAAUUUCGCUGCAAUGUCAAUGCCAAUUCACACCCAGAAUUUUGCAUUGAUGAGCCCUGCUCCUCUCUCGGUUUUAGGUGGUGCUGCCAGUGGUGGUGGAAAUCAAGGUGAAAAGAAACAACAGCAGCAACAACAACAACAGGGUUUGAAGGCUGGAGUUGAAUCUAUAACCCCUCAGACUUUUGCCAUGUCAUUUGGGUCAAUGAGUGGUGUUGACAUGUCUUCGGUGGCGCAAAAUCAUGCAAUGCUCCAGAGUCUACCAGACUCUACGAGGCAUAGCAUUCAGAUGAUGGCCGUCGCCCAAGCCGCCAACCAGAAGAAGAAUUUCCGUGUCUCCGAGGAAGCUAAAACUGCCUCCGCCAUCGGCGAUACCUCUACUAACCCAGAUGAAGAGAAAAAGAACUCAACGGUGAAGCCGCCAUCAACUGUUGGGCAGCAAUCCAUUGUUUUCUCAAGAACAGAUGUACCAGACUCCAUAUCCUCCGCUUCUCUGCGGGCCACACGUACCUCAUCUACACCAAAUGCAAUGGCCACUGCGAAUGCGCCUCCCAACUCUCCGCUGCAAGCUCAACUGCAGUUUCAGCAGCAUCAGCAGGUGAUGCAUCAGCUCCAGAAGCAACACCAACAGCAGCAGCAGCAGCUGGUGGCUGCUGCAGCAGCUGUAAGGAAUAAGACUCCAUCCACGAGUAAUGGUAGUGUUUACAGUGAUCAUUUGGCGUCAUCAGCCAAAAUUCCGAAUGGGCUUUCUAAUUUCCAGCAAAAUCUUGUGCAAAAUAGCAGCAGCAGCUCAAGUCAGUCCCAUCAGUGGAAGAAUUCUUUGAAGACUGCCUCACAAGUCCCAUCAACCACGUCAUCGCUGAAAAAUCCUCCUCCUCAACAACAAAAUAGAACCCAACACAAUCAAACUCAGAUUUCUUUCGGGGGUACCCAAAAACAAGCAACACCACCACCACCACAAGGACAACAAGCUGCCAAUAGCCACCAUGCCCCAUCUCCUCCAAUGGCCGUUGGCUCCCCCACAACUUCCUCUAUCUCCAAGGGUGCCAGUGCAAGCCCAAGGACGACAACCACGCCCGCUUCAGCUGCCAGUAGAUCCGCCCAACCUUCUGCAUUGUCAUCUCAGCCGCCCAAGAACUCGGCCUCAGUUGGCAGCAGAAAUGUUUCAUCAGUACUUAGCAAUUCUCAUGUUACCAAUUCUCAUGUUACCUCUUUCUCAAACACCUCCGCCAAGCCUCAAAUGCAACAACAGCAGCAACAGAUGUUAAUUUCUCAUUUUAUGCAAACCCAAGCUGCAAAUCAACAACCUUUUUAUUUACAAAGACGAAUCUUUGAACAAUCAAAACCAGUUUCUUCCGCCACAUCAUCUUCUACUGGGAUGUUGUCGCUAUGUUCUCCUACUACAGGAUCUAAUGCAAGCACUUCAGAUGCAAAAGCAGUUGCUGCUUCCGCCACCUCUGCUGUUGCGAGCAAUUUGAAAGGUGGUGCGUCGCCGUCACAGGGUAUUCUUCAUUCUGCUGUGCCACCGGGUUUCGCUUAUGUUCAUGCUGUUCCUUCUACGGGUCAGGUUAAACCAGCUGAGCAGAAACAACCUGCUGGCAACAGGGAUUCCUUAACCAGGAAAUGACAAUUUGCGUACGUGCUGGCAGCCUGAGAAGAAAUGGAAAAGAGCACCACAAGCAUCGCUCGCUUGGCAUCGAGAUGGACUUUUUGGGACGAGGAAUGCGCCAUUUUGGUAACAACUUGAAGUCGAACGAGCCAUUUUCGUAACAACUUGAAUUGAAACGGGCAAAGGGUAGCGUUGUUCGUCAGAUCUUGGAUUGUGAAUGAAUGAAUACAAAUGUAUCUAUCUAUGUACACUGUUGUGUGUAUAUCCGACAGGGUUGGUCUCAAGUCUAAAUUAAUUUCAUUGGUUUUUGAGAGAGAAGUUAUCAGAUUUUUUGCAUGGCUAGAGAGGAAUGUUUGGUAAGAGACUUGAGACAAAAGAAUGAAAUACCAGACUUAUCUUGAAAUUUGUCUUUGCGCAGGGAAUGGAAAUCUAAUCCUCUUUACUAA